CUCUAACAUUCACCAAAUUUAUUACUUUUCUUUUCUGUGUUAUAUCCUUAGUUUAGUGAAAUGGCUUCCAAGGGCACUGUUGCAUCAACCUAUGUUGUUGCUCUACUCCUUUGUCUCAACAUGCUUUCCUACACCAUGGUGAGCUCAACCUACAUCCCUGUAAUCCCAGACCCAUCAGUGCCCUACCAAAAGGGUGCAUGUCCUAUAGAUGCACUUAAGUUGGGGGUGUGUGCUAACGUGUUGAACUUGGUCAAUGUUAAAUUGGGGUCACCACCAACCCUUCCAUGCUGCAGUCUGAUUAAGGAUCUGGUUGAUCUUGAAGUUGCUGCAUGCCUCUGCACUGCCAUCAAAGCUAACAUCCUAGGCAUCAACCUUAACCUCCCAGUUUCCUUGAGUCUACUUCUCAACAACUGUGGAAGGAAAAGCUCCAACAUUGGUUUCCAGUGCCCUUAAAUAUAUUCAUCUCUCCUUCAACAUAUUCCACAUGUUGUCUUCCUCGUAUUUCGUCUACGGUUGUUUUGUUUCUCUUUUCAAUUGUUGUGCUCCAUGUACUAUUUUUUUUGGUGCUUCCCAUGCGUCCUAUAUUCUCACUCUUUCAUCAUCCUCGUCGUCACCAUCUUUGAUUGCAUGUGUAGAAGCUGUGCUACCAAUAAUGUUAUGGGACUCCUAUUUUAGGAGAAAUUUGUCA